UAAUCUUUGGGCCAGCCUGGAAUCUUCCCAUCCUCUGGCCAUGACCUUGUGACCCUGCUUGGAGGUUGUAGUUACAGUUUCAGAAGUGAUCAAUUCCAGUGAGGAUGUCUGUACCAAGGUGAAAGCUCACGCUUCACGACGGGAAAAAUGGCUCCAUUCAGACUCUGGAGAUUCAGAGACAGCAAGAACUGCAGAUGCUGGAGCCAGAGGUAACACAGCGUGGAGCUGGAGAGUAUCAGAGAGGGGAAGUGAAGAAGGGUGUUCCUAAUGACUGGAGAUUGCAGAACCAAAGGUCACAGACUAAGGAUACACAGUAGAACGAAGAUGAGGAGAAAUGUCUUCGCCAAGAGAAUGGACACAAUCAUCGCCUUGGAAGCUUCAUCACGAUACUACUUUGCAUUUCUGAAGAGGGAAGAAGAAAUCAACAUGAAAAUUCAAUUCCAUGGUUUUGGAAGUCCCAUUGAGAACACGAUUCAUUUGCGCCGGCAUAAUGCUCUGACCGAGAAAGAAUUGAAGAUUCUGAUGUCGGUAACUGGAAAGCCUCCAUUGUUGGAGGACGAGAAGCCGUAUCCAAUUGAAGCAGCACAGGCUUCUGCGAUGACUGUGGAAACCACUGCUUAUGCCUUGCUUCAAGCAUUGUCAAGGAAUGAUAUUGACUAUGCAACACGGAUUGCGAGGUGGCCAACGAUGCAACAGAACUAUGGUGGUGGAUUUCACUCGACGCAGAAAUGCAAUGUGCAAAUUCAAUUCCUUGGUUUUGGAAGUCCCAUUGAGAACACGAUUCAUUUGCGCCGGCAAAAUGCUCUGACCGAGAAAGAAUUGAAGGACCACGCUGAGUGUUGUUAUCCCGAUAGUUCUUUCAUAUCAGUCCAUGUGUAUUCCUGGGCGAACGUGCUCGUGUGGUCUCAGGAGUUGCGGAGGUCACGGCUCUGGGACAGCUGUUUCCUCGCCCUAUGCUGCAGAACCUACCCCGGAAGAGAGAGCCCAGAGAAUUGCCAAAGCUGUCCGCAAACAGUCAACAGAAGUGAAGGAAAAUUGGGAGCAAUUGAAAACCCGUGCGAGCAACUGGCAGAAACAGGUGGAAAAGGCGUUGGAGAAACUUUAAGAACUGCAGAAAGCUCUGGAUGAUCUUGAG